UUCCGGCAGCGUUUGAACGCAGCAUUAAUUUGUUACUGUUUAAUGUCACAGCCUCACAAUGGGGACGUUCCGCUCGUUUAUAUUGGCGGAGAGCACAUCACGUGACGACAGCUGUCCUAGAGGAAGGAGCAGCGCAGAGGGUCUGUGGGCUGAAGAUGGCGGACAGAGAGAAAGCUCUCGCAACGGUCUGUUCAGGCGCCUCUAAGAUGGACGAACCUGUCGCGAAAAGGUCUAAAUUCAGUCCGUUGACCAACCACGGACCUAAAUCCACCGAAACGGACCAUCUCUCGUGCGUUUCCGCGGCCAUUGAGAGCCGGGAGAUUGCGGGGAAUUGUGCGCAGCCAGCGGAGAAGAAGGAAGCGAAGCCGGUGAUGAUGGCGGUGGAGCAGGCCCCGGCAUCGCGAGGCGGGGACAACAAUGGUCUAAGUCUGCCGGUCUCCGAGCCGCACAAACCAGCCGGGAAACUAGGCGACAGCACCGCCUUUGGUGCAACUGAGGAAGGUGCCGAUUUUCUUGGACACGACAACAUGCCUCCCAAUGGUCUUGCUGUCACACCAGAGCACAUUGAUGAGGAAGAUGACAGAUCUUCACAUGCAAGCUCCAGUGACUGGACUCCUCAACCGCAAAUAAGUUCUUACAGUUACAUCCAGCAACACAUCAGAGAGACCGAUCCUAGGGCUAUUCUGAGGGAUUUGCUUCCUGAAACCAUACUUCCCCCAGAUUUAGAUGACAUGACAUUAUGGCAGAUAAUUAUCAACAUUUCAGAGCCUCCAAAAAGAAGAAAACGAAAGGAUGUUAACACCUUGGAAGAUGUGGUCAAGCUGCUUCAUGAAAGCAAAAGGAUCCUAGUUCUGACUGGAGCUGGUGUGUCCGUUUCAUGUGGAAUACCAGACUUUCGCUCCAGAGAUGGAAUUUACGCACGACUUGCUGUAGAUUUUCCUGACCUUCCAGAUCCUCAAUCUAUGUUUGAUAUUGAAUACUUCAGAAGAGACCCCAGACCCUUUUUCAAGUUUGCCAAGGAGAUCUUCCCCGGCCAGUUUCAGCCUUCGCCCUGUCACAGAUUUAUAUCUAUGCUGGAUAAACAAGGGAAGCUGCUACGCAAUUACACACAAAACAUUGAUACGUUGGAGCAAGUGGCCGGAGUUCAACGGAUCAUCCAGUGCCAUGGAUCAUUUGCGACUGCAUCCUGUCUUGUCUGUAAACACAAGGUGGACUGUGAAGCAAUAAGGGCCGACAUCCUUAGUCAGGUUGUCCCUCGCUGUCCCCGGUGUCCAGAUAUUCCUCUGGCCAUCAUGAAACCAGACAUCGUCUUCUUUGGGGAAAACCUUCCAGAACUGUUUCACAGAGCCAUGAAGCAGGACAAAGAUGAGGUGGACCUUCUUAUUGUCAUCGGCUCGUCUCUAAAGGUCCGACCAGUUGCCCUCAUCCCAAACUCCAUUCCUCAUGAAGUGCCUCAGGUUCUGAUCAACAGGGAGCCGCUGCCUCAUCUAAAUUUUGAUGUGGAGCUACUGGGGGACUGUGACGGCAUUAUCAACGAGCUCUGUCAUCGAUUGGGUGGAGACUUUGAACAGCUCCGCUGCAACACUCCAAGACUCACUGAGAUCACAGAGAAACCUCCCCGGUUAACAGAACAACCACCAAGUGAGGAAAUGUCUGCUUCCAGCGAUGCACCUCAGGAGGAGCUCAAGCUGCCCCAUACAGAUCCAGUAAACACGCCUUCGGAGGAGAUGGAGAGCACGAAUGUCACAGAAACUGCCAGUAGCAAAGUAACACCUUUAGAGCCUUGUUCAAACGCUCGGUGUCCAAGAGCGGACACUGCUGAGUCCCCGGAAUCACAGAAAGAGGACGUAGCUAAAGAUGGUGCAGCUGAAGCGAAGAGCCAAACCUCAAAGCUGGAAACUCGAAAGCGAUUCUGGAUGAGUCGAGUCAGCAGAAGUCCAAUAAGCAAACGCCUUGAAGGGGUUCAGUACCUGUUCCAAGCACCAAAUCGAUACAUCUUCCAUGGGGCCGAAGUGUACUCCGACUCUGAGGAUGAGACGUCGAGCUCCUGCGGAAGUGACAGUGACGGGUCCGACUGCAGUCACGAAGGGGUGGAGGACUGCAGCGAACCCGAGGAGGCCGUCAGGUUGCCCAUUGAAGAGACGUGCCACAGAGACUCAUUACAGCUAAAUUCAGCCGAUGAGGCGACAUCAAGUGUGCCGACAGACAAUAAGACUGAGAGGACCACACAUCUUUAGGUGUUCAAAGUCUCCAUUUGACAAAGCACUAACUUUCUGUUUUUUAUGAGACAUAAAUAUGUUCCUAUAUUUUUGGCUUGUCAUACUUGCGGUUAUUUUUCAUAAAGCUGAAAUAGCAUCACACACAAAGCAGGUCUGUUCUUGUUCAGUUUGGUCAUGUCUGUCUAAACCUUCAUACACUGUACUAGAUACUGCAGUACAGAAGCAUUUCUGCUUUCGUUUCUUUAUAUUUCUCUCCUUAACUUUUGUUUUUGCAUCCAUAUUUCUUUUUCUAAAUUCACCCAAUGUUCCUGCAACAACACUAUAUUCAGCUUUGGCUCCUAAAUUACCCUGCCUAUGACAUCAUAGCAUGAUCAUCUGUAGUCUACUGCAGUGUUUUUCAGCCCUGGUCCUCCAGGCACAUUGCCCUGCAGGUUUAAGAUGUUUCUCUGCUUCAGCAUACCUGAUGCAGAUGAAUCAGAAUCAGCUUUAUUGCCAGGUUUGUACAUACAAACAGGGUUGAUUAUCUGAAUCAGGUGUGCUGAAGCAGAGAAACAUCUCAAACCUGCAGGCUAGCAUGCCUUGAGAACCAGGGUUGGAAAACACUGGUUUAAUGUUUCUGGAUGGGGAGCAUGUACGUAUAGGAGCCUGCUGUGUGUUUAUUAGUGGCUUCUGAGGGUUUCAGGCACAUAAAUUAUUUGUUGCUCUGUUCUACGUGUUACUCUGCAUGCAAUAUGAAGUCCAGCUUUCCCUUUUUCUAGGGUGAAUUAUAGAAAAAGAACAGUACUCUUUGAUUUCAGACCAAAGAACACAUUAUCGGCUCACUGACUUGUGGUUUUGUAUGUCUGACCUUUAAAUCUUUGGGGGAUAAAAUGUAACUUUGAGGUGUUCCUUGUGACAUCUGGCAGCUACUUUUAUGGUCAAGCCUCUUAUUUUUAUAUUUGGGUUUGAGACAUACUCAGCAAAGGGUAGAUGGUAGAUUUUAAUUUGUAUAAAGUUAUACUAGAGAUUUUAUAUGGAGGGGAGAUUUGGCUAUAGUAAGCUGUAGAGAUAUACUCUAAUCCAAAAUGGCACUUUUCCUUUCCUGUCUGUAUGACAACGGUGUUGUUGCCUAAAUUCUUAGGAGGUAAAGGAGAUAAAUGCCUGUUAAAUCUUGGAAGAUUGUCUAAAACAAAACAAUCCAUGUGCUUUUUGGAAAAUAAUGUUUUGUUAACCAGAUUUUAAGAAAUGCUUUCAUAUAAUUGUUUCUCAUCUGGGAUUCUGAGUAAACAAAGAAAGAUAUAGCUCUCUUA